UUAAGAACAAAAAAAAAAUGUCAAGAGAUCCUAUUAGGGUUUUCCUCCGAUCUCUCGCUGCAUCUUGGGUCUGAGCUUUGAUUCACGCUUGGCUUCGCGCGGGUCUUGAUUUAGCAGUCAAAUCAGGUUUUCUCUUUUCAGAUUUGUUUCAUCCGAGGCGUUUGUUUGAAAUCUAUAAAUCCAACCCCCACAGAAGUUACAACCAUGGAUGAUAAUGAAUUGGAAUUGGCGAGGCAGAAGCUUGAUCUUGUUUCGCUCGGAGAAUCCUCCUCAACGUAUCGGUUAUACUCCAAGGGUUUGGUGAGUGAAGAGGUUGUUAAGGAUGAUACGAUGCUGGUCGGUGGUUCAGGCCUGUCCCUCUGUGACUCGAACGAUAACUCGAAAUUUGAGACCAAGAAAGCUUUGAGAAACAACCGAGUCUUGGCCCACCCUGAAGCUGCGGAACUGGCUGCCAUAAUUCAAGGGCUGAGUUGGGCGUUGGAACUUGGUGUCAAAAGUAUCCAAUUUUUCUGUGACGAUCCCAUCAUCUUGGAUUACGUAACACGUAAAUCUGCACCGAACGAGUCCAUUGUAGAAACACUUUUGGAGAAAGUGGCUCAUCUUGAGAAAAAGUUCACGUCUUGCCAGGCACUCGCUGUGGAGCGCAGAGACAUCAACUCUUCUGUCAUUAAGCUCGCAAGAGAUGCCAUUGCUUCCCAAACCAGAUGGCGUGACGACACCAACACUGAGUAUGAGACUUGUCCAGCCUGCUACGCACACGUUUCACCUCCUAGUCACAAACUUGAGGUGAGCAGCGGUUGCUUCCACCGCAUCUGCUUUACGUGCAUAAGGGACUGUGUCUCAUCCCAACUAGAACGAGGGGACACCGUGCUCUGUCCUUACCCCGGUUGCGAGAAAGAACUUGUGCUAGAGGAUUGUAGAGGUAUUGUUGAUGACGAUGCUCUUAAUCUUAUCAUCCACCGCAAGAAGGAGAAGGCCAUCCCCGUUUUAGACAGAGUCUACUGUCCCAAGCCUUCUUGUAACUUUUUGAUGUCCGACCGCGACCUCCCACUCGGCAUCUCCAUUGAUCCUCGGCAAAAGUCAGUAGCACGCACGUGCGUCGAGUGCGGCUUGUGUUUCUGCAAAAAAUGCCAUGUUCCGUGGCACUACAAGAAGACAUGCGAUGAGUUCAAGAAGUCCCCGUCUUACCUGACAUCUGACGCCGCGCUUUUGGAGUCUUUAGUGAAGACAGAGGGAUGGAUGAAGUGUCCCCAGUGUGCCACCGUCGUUCAAAAAAAUGGCGGGUGCCAACGCAUUAGCUGCAGACAUUGCAACCACAAGUUCUGUUACGCAUGUGGGGCUGCGUGUACAAGGAAGAAAAUGUCAUGCAACUGCAGUCCACAAGACUAGGCUUCUAACGUGCUGAAGGAUAUGCCAAUCUUGUCUUCAAAUAAAAAGACUAUAUAGACCAUUCCAAAUAGUUUCCUAUUAACGAUAUGCUAGUGUGUGUCUGAGAGCUUAUGUAUUCCCGAACAAGUUUGUGAUGCACUGAUGCAUAUUCGACAGUUGCUUUCUCUCUUCAAAUUCCAUGUACAAGAAUCUAAUGCAAAUGAAAUCUAAUACGAAAGC